AUGCAGACUGCUUCUACAAACAUUUGUGAAAGAAUGGGUCGCUCUCAGGAGCUCAGUGAAUUCAAGCGUGGUACCGUGAUAGGUUGUCACCUGUGCAAUAAGUCCAUCCGUGACAUUUCCUUGCUACUAAACAUUUCACAGUCAACUGUUAGUGAUAUUAUAACAAAGUGGAAGCAACUGGGAACAACGGAAACAUGUAAAAUCACAGAGCAGGGUUAGCACAUGCUGAAGCACACAGUGCACAGAAGUUGCCAACUGUCUGCAGAGUCGAUAGCUAAAGACCUCCAAACUUCGUUUCCAAUGAAGGGAACUCUUAAGACGUCAGCAUACCAAGACAUUUUGGACAAUUUCAUG